ACCGCUAUCCUCGUAUUCCUUUAGCGCAACUUUGGUGUUAAAGCCGUUCCUGUUAAGCAGCUUUCUGCUAGUGAUCGUUCUGUUAUCUCGUGUAACACUAUUCAACACUAAGUCAAGAUGAGAGUACAACGCUGUGUAUCUCCAGUCCACGCCGUCAUGGGCGUUAUCGAAGGCAAAGUCCACAAGGCACCACCCAAAACUGACGGUGCCGAUGUGCUCAUGUACCUGGAACGCCUUCAGAACUUGGUUCCAAUGUGUCCCAAAGAUCGUCCCGUCACUAAGCUGGAACUCAUCCAGUCUGUCAUCGACUACAUCUACGAUCUGGAGGACGCCCUCGUCUCCAGCGACGACGAGGAAGACGAGGAUCUCACGUCCUCGGAGGAGGAGAUGGAGUGUGUGGAGAGCUCUUGAGUGUCGUGUCCUUCCCGCCCGUUCACCUCCUCCAGGAGGGCACGGAAGGAGGUGAGGUGGUGAGUGUUAGCGUCCUGAAUUCCAUAGGGGCGCCUGGCAGAAGAAAUGGAGUAAACAAUAUGGAAACUUAGGAGAAUCUAAAGACUUACUUGUUUGUCGGGAUUGCACGGAAAGAGAUUGUCUCCAAAAUUGCUGUGACCAACUCGAUAUUAGCCUAGUGCCAUGAUUAUGAAGAUGACCUGUCGCUGCGAGUCGUGGUGACCUGUUGUAUUGACCUGCCCCAGAACCUUCCAACACACCCGAAUUGAAAGGUGAAGCAGAAUUUGGAGAUGCAGAGAAGUUCCUGUUGUACUGGAGUUGGAAAAGACUGAAGAAAUGAGAACUCCACGGGUUCUGCACUUCACAUUUCACUUACUUGACCUGAAUCAUUUAGCAACGUGAUGGUGUUUUUCAAAGUCGUGUAGCAUGUAAAGAAGAAAAUACGUUUUGUAGCUUUGAAAGUGAAAGAUGUAUGGUUGAUGUUAAGGUUUAGACUGAUAUUUUGUGGUAGGAUUCAAGUUUUAGUCUACUUGGUCAGAUCCUGAGAAGGGUGUUGUAAAACUUUAAAGGGUAGAAGUCAAUUGCUAAGGUAUUCUGUGUGGACAUAUAAUAAUAUGCAGAUGAUAUGCAAAUAGAUGCCUAAAAGGUGGCCCCUAUGUGGUAGUCAUUCUAGUAAUGAUGAUACUGUAUGGAUAAAAUAGCUUAUUUAUUCAGAAUGAAAUGCAAAUUAUAAUAUAUUCAAUUAUUUAUUCUGAUUGAAAUGCUAGAAGAUUAAAUGUAUAAAACAUAUAUUUUUGUUAACAGUUACAAAUAAAAGUGUAUUUUUGUAAA